UCUGGGUCCUGUCCUUGGAUGUCUUGCAGACCUCCUGCGGUGGAUAUCGUGGUGCGCUGCCCAGAUGUCCCCUUCAGGAUCAUGAUGCUGAUUGAAACUGAGCAGAACCCUGUGGGACCCUCCCAGGUGCACCCCUCCCAUUCCAGCCCCAGAAUGGCACUCCCUCCCAGUCCCCUGGCCAUGGAGUAUGUCAAUGACUUUGACCUGAUGAAGUUUGAGGUAAAGAGGGAACCCUCUGAGGGGCGAUCUGGCCCCGCCACAGCCUCACUGGGCUCCACACCCUACAGCUCAGUGCCUCCUUCACCUACCUUCAGUGAUCCAGGCAUGGCGGGGGCCACCGACAGCAGCCGGCCAGGCCUGGAGGAGCUGUACUGGCUGGCCACCCUGCAGCAGCAGCUGGGGGCUGGGGAGGCACUGGGGCUAAGUCCUGAGGAGGCCGUGGAGCUGCUGCAGGGUCAGGGCCCAGUCCCUGUUGAGGGCUCCCACACCUACUAUCCAGGGAGCCCAGAAGAGACAGGAGCCCAACACGCCCAGCUGGCGGAGCGGUUUUCGGACGCGGCGCUGGUGUCGAUGUCUGUGCGGGAGCUAAACCGGCAGCUGCGGGGCUGCGGGCGCGACGAGGCUCUGCGGCUGAAGCAGAGGCGCCGCACGCUGAAGAACCGCGGGUACGCGCAGGCCUGUCGCUCCAAGCGGCUGCAGCAGCGGCGCGGGCUGGAGGCCGAGCGCGCCCGCCUGGCCGCCCAGCUGGACGCGCUGCGGGCCGAGGUGGCCCGCCUGGCCAGGGAGCGCGACCUCUACAAGGCUCGCUGUGACCGGCUGGCCCCGAGCGGCUCGGAGCCAGAGGCCAUUUCCACUUCUUCUGAGCCGCUGGCCGCGGAGUGGUGGAGUCGGUGGGCGGGCGGGGCCCCCCACCCCGGAGGCGGCUGUACCAUUCACUAGAUGGUUACUGAGCCCUUUCUGGUGCUAGACACUCCUUUGAAUGACCACACAACUAUCCCCCAAUUUCCUGGACCCUCAAGGCAUACUCCGGGGUUACAUGCUGGUCAUUUUCUGGGAAAGGGGUCCCGUCCCCUCACACAGGAUGUGCACAGAAACCUUCCACCUCCUGCCCCAUUCUACAUGACCAGGACACUGAAAUCCGCAGGAGUCAGUGCCAGGCACUGUGCGUAUGGGGGCGAGGGAAGGGAGCGUGGAUGAUGGCUGGGUGACACAGUGAAUGGGAGGUGAGGGAGUGGUGCAGCUCCUCCCUCAGUUUAGAUUUUAAUUCAAGGUUUUCAACCUGUAGUGCAUUAAGGUGGUAAUUAGCAAUGAGGCUGUGUUUUCAUUCCAAGACUUGUAGCCUCCCCAUUUUAGGACUACUGCAUUUUCAUUUCAAUUCCCAAUAUCAAGGCAGACCAGGAGCUCUAUUCAAGAGGCUCUCUUCCUGUCCAACCCAGUGGCCUCCAGGGCCCAAUGCAACAAGACCUGUGGUGGGUGUGGGCUCAGAGAGAACACCGAACAGGAGUCUGAAGACCUCGGCCCUAGUCUCAGCUCUGCCACAGGAUGCCUCUGUCACCUUGAGCAAACCAUUUGCUCCCUGGUCUUGAUUGCCUCAUCUAGUCCUCAUUUGGAUUGGAUGACUUCUGACACUUUUUCAGUUCUGGCAUCUCAGGGUGGGAUCCCUAAUGGUGUCCCCGAGAAGCCCCCAACUCCAGCUUCCUGACUGCAGCCUAGGUGGUGGAUGAGCCCAUGCACUGGUCCUCUGUUGCUCCCUCCAUGCUGCCUUGGCCUCCAGACCUGCAUAGGGUGCCCCUGCUACCUCCUGCCUCUCUGCGGGCUGAGGUGAGACUUUCCCUAGUCUGACAAGGAGCUGAGAGAAUGCAGCUUUUGUGAAUUAAACUUGAAGUCCAGGCAGAACUCUAUGCUACUGGCUAGAUGUUCUUGCAAUUUAAGAA